ACGAGCUAACAUGUCCAGAAAAACCCCCUUGCGUGGUGGAGAUUUUCUGCCAGACCCCAGCUGCUAUUAGGACCAGGGGGAUUCUGAAACUUUCUCUGCCAGUGAAUGUCUAGAGACAUUUCGAAGACAUGUCUUCGUGUUUAUAUCAUGCAUAUCCAUAUUUAUCCAUAGCAACUUACUAGAACAUGUGCUCCUUGGGAACCAAACGUACAAGCUUAGCAUUGUUAGCACCAGCUGGGCUACAGGAACUCUAGGAGCAGACUUUUAACAGAGCCAGGACAAAGCUUAAGAAGAAAAGCCCCAAUGGAUUCUCGUCUCUCUAAGCAGAUCCAGUGUGCCGUGUGUUUGGGAGAUUUUGAGGACCCGGUCAGUCUGCUGUGUGACCACACAUUCUGCCGGCAGUGCAUCAGCAAUCACUCCCAGACUAACAGGGGUCGCCGGCUGUGUCCAGAAUGUCGCCGGCCCUACACCAUGUGGGACCUGCGCUCCAACCGGGUUCUCAGGAACAUGGUGGAUGCCGUGAGGGAACAUCUCUCUGUGCAACAAGCCCUGAGAGAACAAAACACAGCCUCCGGCGGACCGGACAGCACCAGAGCCGGGCCGGUGGUGGUGCCGGAGAAGCUGGUGUGUCCGGACCACGCUGAAAGACUGAAACUGUUCUGUGAAACAGAUCAGAAAUUAGUGUGUCUGAUCUGUAUUUACGGCGAAAAACACCAAGGCCACAAGUUCAAACCGGUGGACGAGGCAGCAGAACCCAAAAAGGUGAAGGCAGCUGAGAAGUUUGACAUUUUGGUCUGUGAAAACGAGACACUGGUGGAGUUGAUUGAGAGCCAGGCUGACGAGAUUAUAAGAACAAGGGAGCAAUCAAAGGCGCUGUCAGACCAGAUUUCUGAGCAGUUUGAGCAGAUGCACCAAUUUCUGAGAGACAAAGAGGACGAGGUAAAGGCACUGCUGUUGGUGAAGGAGAAUACUCUUUUAGAACGUAUGGAGGUAAACCUGUUUUCAAUGGAGGAAAUGCUGUCGGAAGUGAAAGUGAAUCAAGGAGUGUUAGUGUCAGCCCUGGAGACGGACGAACCCUGCCAGUUCCUGCAGUGGUGGACUGAGUGUGGACAGUCACUUACUGGGGAAACAGCGUCAUCUCGACGAAUGCAAUCACCUGUGAGUGAUGUUAGAGUUAUUUCGUGACACACUGUCCCUCGGGCCCUAUGAGACUGACCUGAAGUUCACUGUGUGUAAAGAGAUGUGCAAAUCCAUCCAAUGAGAUUUGCCCGUUUCCUCUGCAUCUCUGCUGAACAGAAUCUGAAUGGAGAGUUGCCCACUUACAGUUUGUUGGUACUGAGACCAACAUGAUAUCUAAAGGUGCUUCAGCAAGAAAAUUUAGGGUCAUAUUGUAAAAGAGUGAAUGUUUUUCAUAUUGGAUACGAAAAUUAAAGAACAUGUUUAGAAAUAGGGGAUUUUUAUUGCUUGUUCUGUAAUUGCUGAUGUAAUUACUAGUUAUACAGUCAUAUGUAAAAGUUUGAGCAACCCAGAUCAGGUCCUAUUACAUGUAUUGCUGAUUUUCUAAGUGAAAAUAAGUAAACUCAUCUGCUACAGAGAACACACCUAAAUAUGGCAUUUCUGCACAUUUUAGUACACAAUUUAUAAAUAAACUACAGGGAGAUAUAAAUACCCUACAUACUUUGACGUAUGUGUAAUCUAUUGCAUUACAUGCAAUGCUGGAAGUGAUCUCUGUUUUCUGCCAGACAAAUGAAGGGGUACGGCGGUAUGCACCCGAAAGUUGCAAACGGAGGUUAAAUGUUGCAACGGCGGUCCGGCACCUACCUCAUCACUCCGAUGCAGGGGCAUUCCGGCUUGUUCGAAGCUCUAUAUACUGAGGAGCAUUGCAUGUUGUUUUGUUCAGAUUGAUUCGUCCUAGAGAGAGUUAUUACAGAAUUUUCAUGGCCACUUUCGAGUGAAUCUGUGCAGAAGUGUUCUCUGUAGAGGAUGUGUUAAUUAUUUUCACUUAGAAAAUCAACAACAACCUGGAAUUUGGCUAAAACAUUUGAAUAAAACUGUAUUUUGAGUUUCUUUUUGUCUAGAAAAUAUUUGAAUUAAAAAAACUUUUUUUUUCAUUAUUGUAGUUCUUAAUAUAUAAGCAAUAGUUAUGUUUUGAGCUGAACUGUGUUCAGGAAAUAUAUCGCUUUUGGACGAAAACCUCGUAUCUCCAUUUUUGACAUUUUUCACUUUUUGACAAUUUGAAAAUGGCUGUUUCCCUUUAUAUUGUA